CGCACGCAAACCGCUGCGACGGCCCCGGGCAACGACAUGAUGGCUCCCAUGCAGCGCCCGCGCCCGCUGUCGGCCGCGACCGUCCUCACAGCCGUCACAGACGCAACCGACGCGACCGACCAGUCCAUCGAGGCCGAUCCCGACGGCCGCUCCCUCAACUCGGCAGACUUCGAAGCGGAAACCCAGAGCCUCACGCCGUCGGUGCAGGACGUGCUGCACGAGUACGGCCGCACAUAUCAGAAGUGGAAGGCCGGAGCAUACCCGUUCCCCAACGACGAGCUUGAAUACGACCGCCUGAAAUGGCAGCACAUCCUCUUCAAGGUCCUGCUCAACGACCGCAACUGGUUCGCCCCGCUCACCGGCCUGCCACAGAAACGCCCCCGCGCGAUUCUGGACAUUGGCUGUGGCACCGGCUCCUGGUGCCGCCAGAUAGCCCUGGAAUUUCCCCGGAGUCGCGUUGAGGGCAUUGACCUAACACCGCCGCCCAAGCGCAUGAUCAAAGAUUCGCCCGAGAAUUUGUUCUUCAACAUCGACGACAUCAGAGACAAGAUCUGGUGGGGUCUUGCCAACGGCCACACGUACGACUACAUCCACACGCGCAUGAUGCUGGGCAUCUUCCACGACUUCCGCGAGAUUAUCCAAAAGUGCUUCAACAACCUCGAGCCCGGCGGCUGGAUGGAGUCUCAGGAACUCGACAACAAGGUUUGCUGCGACGACGGCACUAUGCCGGCCGACUGGCCCCUCCUGGAGUGGUCCAAGGAUCAGAACCAAGCCGCGCAGGACAUCCUGGGCACACCGCUUCGCAUCGCUAACAAACUGAAAAUGUGGUACGAACAAGCCGGCUUCGUCGACGUCAGGGAGGAGGUCUUCUACAUACCGAUCAACGAGUGGGCCAAAGACCCCAGGCUGAAGCUGCUCGGAAAGUUCAUGAUGCACAACAUGCAGGCAGGCUUGUAUGGAUGGUCGGUCAACUACUUCAACCGAGCUUGGGGCUGGACAGAGCCUGAAGUCCGCGUCAAACUCGCUCGCGUGCACAACUCGCUGUUUGACAAGAACGUACACGCCUACUACAAGGUCUUCGUUGUCUACGGCAGGAAGCCCCGUGUAGGAGAACCACCCUCACGGGUCCCGAAGCCCGACCACUGGCCGACGGCAGACAACAGCUACAACGACGACGACGAUCUUUAGCACGCGUUUAAUUCUGGAGGACGCACUUGUGGUUUCCAGCGACUUUCGUACCACCGGCGUUCAGGUCAUUUCUCCUUUGAGAUACCCUAUAUCAUGCGUUACAGGCUUGCGUUAGAUGUUCUAUUGUCUCGAAAGCUUUGGGCGGCCUUGCGUUCUCGACACUUUUGCUGCUUGGCAGCACGACAAAGAAAGAGGUGGACUGGGAAGGGGGCUUAUAUUUAACAGUACAACUUGCACAAGAUCUACCGCACAAGAAUCCAUUUCGGUCAGAUGUUUGUUUACACUUUCGCUUACUCUCUGCUAGCGUACGAUUGCUGACUCGCGCGCCAGCCCUAC